CACUGCAAUGAUCCUAUUUGACACAGCAGAGAAAAAGGUUGCAGCUGGGGCGUGGUUUCAUAUCUCUCCGAAUUAUCUCAUGACAAGUUCCAAUAAACACCACGAAGACAUCUUCAAGCAGCUUUUGUCGUCUACAAAAUAAAAAUGGACCAGAAGUGGAUUCAGAUUCUGGUGAUUCUGGCGUGUUGUCAAGAGAUUUCUUCAGAAUCUAUCAUCGAGAAUGGUGCCGAGGUUACCUUCCAGUGUAGCCUUCAACCAGGGUCCCUGAUUGUCUGGUUUCGAGUCCUCGAAAAAUCAAGCAUGGAGUUCCUUGUGUCUGUCAGCAAUGCUGGCCUUGUGAAAGUACCGAGCCCCUCGUUCACUCAGUCCUUCUCUUAUUCAAAUAAUCAGCUAAAAUUAAAGUCCUUUGACAAAGAACGGGACAGCGGCAUCUACAACUGUGCAACUCUCAAAGGCAACGAAAUGAAAUUUGGAAAGGUCACCCGGCUGGUCGGAAAAAAAGAACCAAUUAAACAAACAACAGUUGCACCACAGCUAAAUGUCACCGUGAAGACUCUUCCUGUAACCACGCCAUGCGCAUGCAACGACAAGAAAGAACCAAGCAGCCCUUCCCUGGACUGUGCUCCCCUCAUCCUGGGCCCUCUGGCUGGCGGCUGUGGGCUUCUGCUGCUGCUGCUGGUUGUCACCAUCCUGUACUGCAACAAAAUAAGAACACGAAGAUGCCCACAUCAUUACAAAAGAAAAGCGCGGGUGGCUCCUGAAAAGCAGAUGAUGACCAACAGACAUGUCUGAACAUGUUGUUCAUCGUGUUGAUGCAGUUUUUUUAUUUUUUUUUUUUCUCGAAAGAAUUUCAACUUGUACCAAAGAAAGUUUGAUGCGUCAAAUUUUCUGACGGCACGUUGUUUUGGAACAUCCUACUUCUGCUUCAUGAAAAUUGCUCUGUAAAACAUCAUUCAUAUUUCUCUACAGGCCGGAACCUUUUAUUUCUGACAGAAAAGCAACAGUGAAUACAUCAGAUCAGCUCAUUUUCUUCAUUUUCCAGAAGAGUUGAGUCAAUAAUUGUACAUAGCUCUUUCCGCCCGUGUUUAGGCUCCAUUUGUUCUGAUUUAUUUUAAAAGCCGCUUGUUUCAGCAUCGUCUUCCGAAAGUUAUUUCUCAUUUACUCACAGCAAACGUCCUCAUUGAAAAGUUUAAAGUACCAACAUCGUCUCUGUUAAAUGUUUUCAAACUAUUUCAUUGCUAUUGCUUUAUUUUCAUUUAUUUAAAUGUAACUUUUUCAAAAGUGGCAAUUGAAGGAAUGCUUUCAGACAGAUGUAGAUUUUAUGAAAGCAUUUUACUGUUUUGAUAAAAUGUUCAAACUAAAAUAAAAAUAAAACACAUUCACACAAGCAA